AUGCCUUCCUCUGUGUUGUUUGCAAUCAUUAUUGCUACUUUCGCGUGCUUGUUUCGAUGGAUUUUCCAGCUUAUUCAAGCUCGGCGGUUGAUGUCUAAGCUGAGAAAUGCUGGGCUCCCAAUGCCCAAGUAUCAUCCAAUUUUUGGACAUUUUAAAGAGUUUCUAAAACACAAGGCAAAUGUACCGACCGAUGCGACAAUCAAUACCGUCCUCUUGCACAUGCUGGACGAUUUUCCCGAUGGAGUCUUCUACCUUGAUCUAUCGCCUUUUGCGAAACCACUUUUGAUAACGGCGACGCCGUCUUGUGGACAACAGAUGCAACGGCAUUCUCUACACAAGCCCAUGGAAUUAGUCAAUGCAUCCGUGCGUCUGACUGGUGGACCAAAUCUUUUCACAAUGCCCGACAAGACAUGGAAAACGUGGAGGAAAAUUUUAGAACCUUGUUUUAGCUCAGCUUACAUCCUGAGCUUGGUUCCAGCGAUCAUACGUGAAACCUGCUCAUUCGUAGAUAAUCUCGAAGACCUCGCGUACAAGAAAAGCCUUGUGCAACUAGAGGACCUGACUCUCAACCUUACCAUAGAUGUGAUAGUUGCUGUGUCUCUCGAUAUUCAAAUAAAUUGUCAGAAGGAAAAGAGUGAGAUAGCGUCUAGUUUACGUACCUUGAUUGAAUGCACUUCAGUUGGAUUAGAUCUGAACCCGGUCAGCCGUCUGAACCCUAUUCGACCCUUGCUGCGAUACAUUUCGGCUAGGAAGCUGGAUAACUUAAUUCUUUCCGAGAUCGAUAACCGUUAUAACACUCUAAGAAUGGCUGCUAAGAAAGAAAAAUACCUUUCGGAUUCAACAUCGAGCUCCAUAGUCACAGCGAUUUUGCAAGGAUAUCUCUUCGAUCAUGGUCCUGCAGCUUCCCUUAACAAGCAGUUCAGGAGCAUUGUUUCCUCUCAAAUACGUCUCUUUCUGUUUGCUGGUCACGACACAACUGGUAGCACGUUGGCGUACUGCUAUUUUCUUCUCUCAAAGCAUCCAGCGGCACUCCAAAGAAUCCGAGCUGAGAUCAAUGAUAUCUACGGAACUAGCCAUUGCCGAGAUGUUGCGACUGCGAUACGGGAUGAUCCACCAAGUUUGAAUCGACUCAUUUAUACAUUAUGUAUCAUUAAAGAAGCUCUUCGACUUUACCCGCCGGCUUCCGCUAUAAGAGAAGGGAAGCCUGACCUUGUGAUGGUCGAUGAGAGUGGCCGCACAUUUCCUUCUGCCGAAUGUAACGUGUGGCACAUACAUCUCUUAUUGCAGCGGAAUAGCAAAUAUUGGAAAGACCCACAUGAAUUCAAGCCUGAGAGAUGGCUCACCAAGCCAGGAGAGGCGCUCUACCCACCAAAAGGUGGCUGGCGACCGUUUGAAUUCGGCGCUCGGAAUUGCAUUGGGCAGACUUUAGCUAUCUUUGAGCUGAAGAUUGUAUUAGCCAUGACAGUCGGCCAAUUCGACAUUAUACCAGGCUAUGACGAUUGGGAUCAAACACACCCGAAUCCGUGCAUUAGAACAGUUCUAGGAAACCGUGCCUAUCAAGUCGAUGGGGGCGCAGGAGGCGCACAUAUUGCGAAUAGGUUCCCAUGUUAUAUACAAUCUAGAUAG